CCGGCGUGCCCGGAACGGGGACCUCCUCCGGAGCAGCCCGCCGGCCACUUCCUGGUAGUGCUGGUGGUGUCGGCGCCGGCCAACGAGGGCGCCCGCGACACGCUGCGCGACACGUGGUUCCGCUCCUGCCCGCAGGACGGCGACGUGCGGUGCUACUUCGUGUCGGGGACCGCCGGUCUCCCGAAGGACACGGUGCGCGAGCUGGAGGACGAGCGAGACCGCCACCACGAUCUGCUGCUGCUGCCCGAAGUCACCGACACGUUCGCCAAUCUCACGCUCAAGGUGCUGACGGCUCUCGUGUGGGCGGACGAGAAGGCGGGGGCACAGUACGUGCUCAAGUGUGACGACGACACGUUCGUCCGGCUGCCGAAGAUCGUCAACGAGCUGAAGGAGGGCGAAACAGCACUGUCGUCCGCAUCACUCUACUGGGGGUUCUUUGAUGGACGUGCUGCUGUGCAGAAGAAGGGCAAGUGGCAGGAAAACGACUGGAUUUUGUGCGACCAUUACCUCCCGUAUGCCCUCGGAGGCGGUUACAUCCUGGGUUCCAGACUGCUGCAUUACAUUACUCGUAACCGUCAUGACCUCCAGCUGUUCUACAACGAGGACGUGUCGGUGGGGACGUGGCUGGCCCCCCUGAAGGAUGUGCGGCGCGUGCACGACCCGCGGUUCGACACGGAGUACAAGUCGCGUGGCUGCCACAACAGCUACCUGGUGACGCACAAGAAGAGCGCCGCGGAGAUGGCGGCCAUGUGGGAGCAGUUGCGCUGGGGCUCGGACCGGCUGUGCCCCGGGGGGCAGGAGACGCGCCUGCGGCUGUCCUACCGCUACGACUGGCUGGCGCCGCCCUCUCUCUGCUGCCGCCGGCACGACCCCUCCGUCCCGUGAGGCCCGGCGUCGGCACUGCAGCACUGUUCCCUUCUCCUCCUCCGUCGUCUUCGUAUUCCCCCUUAUCGUUCGACAGUUUGUGCGCAGAAUUUCCUAUUCUGCUUACUACUGAAAAAUUGGUACUGUCGUGUGAUCUCGCUAUUCAGAUAUCUGGGUUUGCACCCGAAUUACUGUAGUCACAUUUCACAGUGUUUCCAACAGCUUCCCUAAUUGUCUUUGUCGCAUGUGGUAUGCAGAUUUCAUCACUCACCAUUCAGAAUGGGACUGUGCAUGCUAUCCUAACAAAUGUUUCCAGGCACCCUGAAGAAUGAGAAAGUCUCGUAAAAUUCUAAAGCUGAACAAAAGGCUGUGUCAAACUGCUCAAAGGAAAACUUCUUAUAAGAACAUCGACAUCUACAUAUAUACCGGGUGAUCAAAAAAUCAGUAUAAAUUUGAAAACUGAAUAAAUCACGGAAUAAUGUAGAUAGAGAGGUACAAAUUGACACACAUGCUUGGAAUGACAUGGGGUUUUAUUAGAACCAAAAAAAUACAAAGGUUCAAAAAAUGCCCGACAGAUGGCACUUCAUCUGAUCAGAAUAGCAAUAAUUAGUAUAACAAAGACAAAGCAAAGAUGAUGUUCUUUACAGGAAAUGCUCAAUAUGUCCACCAAUCAUUCCUCGGCAAUAGCUGCAAUGGUGAGGUAUUGGCGUCGGAUGUUGUCUUUCAGCAUCCCUAGAGAUGUCAGUCGAUCACGAUACACUUGUGACUUCAGGUAAGCCCAAAGCCAAUAAUCGCGUGGACUGAGGUCUGGGGACCUGGGAGGCCGAGCAUGACGAAAGUGGCGGCUGAGCACACGAUCGUCACUAAACGACGUGCACAAGAGAUCUUUCACGCAUCUAGCAAUAUCGGUUGGAGCGGCAUCCUGCAUAAAUACCGUACGUUCCCCUCUCACCCGUCAGGGUAGCAGUCACUGACGUUUUGCUGUCCAGCGCCAUCUGUCGGACAUUUUGUGAACUAUUU